AUGGCGAAAAGCGGGGGCCCCUCUCGGCCUCUAGGCCUAGGCCUGGUCCUCCGGCAGCAUCUGCUGCUGCUGCUGCUGCUGCUGCGCGGCCUGCCAACGGGCUCGGCCGCCCGGGCCCGGAGGCCGCCGCACAUCGUCUUUGUCCUGGCCGACGACCUGGGCUGGAACGACGUGGGCUUCCACGGCUCCAACAUCCGCACGCCGCGGCUGGACGCGCUGGCGGCCGGCGGGGUGCUACUGGACAACUACUACACGCAGCCUCUGUGCACCCCUUCACGGAGCCAGCUGCUAACGGGGCGCUACCAGAUUCACACAGGUUUGCAGCACCAGAUAAUCUGGCCUUGCCAGCCCAGCUGUGUUCCCCUGGAUGAGAAACUCCUGCCCCAGCUGCUGAAAGAAGCUGGAUAUGCUACCCACAUGGUUGGAAAGUGGCACCUGGGCAUGUACCGGAAAGAAUGCCUUCCCACCCGCCGAGGUUUCGAUACCUACUUUGGAUACCUUCUAGGGAGUGAAGAUUACUAUUCCCAUGAGCGCUGUACAUUUAUUAAUGCUUUCAAUGUUACGCGGUGCGCUCUUGAUUUUCGAGAUGGAGAAGAAGUUGCGACACGGUAUAACAAUACGUAUUCAACAAACAUAUUUACACAACGAGCUAUAGACCUCAUAGCUAACCACUCACCAGAAAAGCCUCUGUUUCUCUACCUGGCUCUUCAGGCUGUCCAUGAGCCCCUUCAGGUCCCUAAGAAGUACUUAGAGCCAUACGACUUUAUCCAAGAUACAAACAGGCAUCAUUAUGCAGGAAUGGUGACCCUUAUGGAUGAAGCUGUGGGAAAUGUCACUGCAGCCUUAAAAAGACACGGACUGUGGAACAACACAGUGUUCAUCUUUUCCACAGAUAACGGAGGGCAGACUCUGGCAGGAGGCAAUAACUGGCCCCUUCGAGGAAGAAAAUGGAGCCUGUGGGAAGGAGGCGUUCGAGGAGUGGGCUUUGUGGCCAGCCCUUUGCUGAAACAAAAGGGUGUGAAGAACCGAAAUCUCAUCCACAUUUCUGACUGGCUGCCAACUCUGGUGAACCUAGCAGGGGGUAGCACCAAUGGCACGAAGCCCCUGGAUGGCUUUGAUGUAUGGAAGACCAUCAGUGAAGGAAGCCCAUCCCCCAGAGUGGAGCUGCUGCAUAACAUUGACCCAUAUUUUGUUGACAACUCGCCAUGUCUUGAGCACAGUAUGAUGCCAGGCAGGCAUGAUUCUUCUCUAGACUACUCAGUCUUCAACAUAUCUGUGCAUGCUGCAAUCAGAUACAGAAACUGGAAACUCCUCACAGGCUACCCAGGCUGUGGUCACUGGUUCCCUCCGCCUUCUCAAUACAACGUUUCUGAGAUUCCCUCUUCGGACCCACCCACCAAGACCCUCUGGCUCUUCAACAUUGACCAGGACCCAGAAGAAAGAUAUGACCUGUCGGAAAAACACCCCGACAUCGUCAAACAGCUCCUUGCCCGCCUUCAGUUCUACCACAAACACUCUGUGCCUGUGAUCUUCCCUGAUCAGGACCCCCACUGUGACCCCAAGGACACAGGGGCUUGGGGCCCAUGGAUGUAGGACAUGGGAGAGAGGGUGCAGGGAGAAAGCCUUCUUCUGCCAGUUAGCCAAGAGAUGCCCUGCACUCUUGUCUCCCCUGUUCACUCAGUCUGGACUUCUUGGCCCUUCUUUCUAUUUAUUUCACCCCAGUCCUAUAUCAGACGCUGAUCAAAUCUGACACUUCCCCCCUGUCAGCUGGGCGUGUGUCUGGAGGCGAGGCUGACAGGCACCUCCCAUUUCUCCUGGAGUAGAGAGCAGCUGAGACCUGGACUUGGCAGUGGAGUUUCUCGCCAAGUCCUAGGGGCUGGAGCAGCU